AUGGGAAAUUCAACAUUAUCAAAAGAAGAUUUACAAUCAAUUAGACAAUCAACCAAAUAUAAUAAAGGAGAGAUUAAGAAAAUAUUCAAAGAUUUUAAAACACAUGAUUCAGAUGGCAAUGGUACAUUUGAUAAAAAAGAGUUUAUAACUUAUUUUAAAGAUAAAUUCCCAACUUAUACACAAAGUGAUUUGGUUAAAUUAUUUCAUACAAUGGAUAAAGAUAAUAGUGGAACUAUAAGUUUUAAAGAAUUAUCAGCAACCCUGUCAAUUAUAUCAACUGGAAGCAUCUAUGAUAAAUUGGAUUUAUUAUUUGAUAUUUUUGAUGUAAACAAGGAUAAUCGAUUAGAACGAUCAGAGAUUAAAGAUAUGUACGAUUUAAUGGCGUUCUCUGGUAGUCGAUUUGGUCUGUCUUUUUCCGAGGCAAAUGAAAUGGGAAUUAAAAUAACAAAUGAAAUGGAUGUAAACGGUGAUGGAAUCAUAGAAAGAAGUGAUUGGAUUAGAAUAGGUGCUGAAAAUAGAGCUAUAUUAAUAUUAUUGGGAUUUCAAUAA